CAUGUCGUCGAUUACGCCCUCCCGCGUACUUACUUGGUAUGAUUUUGUUAUUUGUUAUGUAUUGCAAUUUUGAAACUUUAUUGAAUAGUACAAGACUGUGUUCUUUACAGGCUUGGUUAAUUUGAGUAUUAAUCUCGGAUUUUAUAUGAAGCUAUUCAAACACUGCAUCACUUGCGGGUGUUGCAGUAUAUAAAAGUGUGUGAGGAAUGUCUACAUUGGAUCAAAGUCUCCUCAGUCUAGAAAAGCUGGAUCGCUCAUCUCCUGAAUUGUGGCCCGAAUCAAUUCCAGGGGUGUCGGAAUACAUGUAUCUUAAUUCUGCAGCCCAGAACAACCUGCCUCAGCCAUGGAACAGACCAUUGGAUGAUGAAGAUAAACAGCUGCUGAGAUAUUACGGGACACUGUCUGUAACCAAUUUGAUAGCAGAGGUGAAACACUUACACGACAUUGCAUACAAACUGGGCCUUGAAGAAGCCAAGGAAAUGACCAGGGGAAAGUAUUUAAACAUUCUUGAGAAACGAAGAAAAAAACCACUUUAGGUAUAUUACCAGACACAUCAUAGUAUUUUAUUUAUAUUUUGUUCAUUAUUCAUUAUUCAUAACUCCUACCACCUUAUUGAGUUAUGACUAUUGAUUUGCAUAUAUUUUAUUUAUUUAUUUUUUCACAUAUUCUAUGAUUAGUAAGGGUUGUAAAUUGUACGGAGAUUUUGUAAGAUACAACACAAAUAAAUGUAAAAUUCCUUAACGA